GUAGCUAACGGUAAGAGCUUUAAUCACUGAACACGCACAAAAAAAAAAAAAAAAAUCACAAAAAUGAGGUGUGUACAUUAGCCACAUACACGCCACUGGCAAUGCCGCUGUUCAAUUCUGCCUCACCAAAUGGAAACUGGACUGUCUAACCCUCAAAACGUCACCUUAAAGACUUCUCUGCAUCCUCUUGUGGUAAUAUGGACAUUUAUUUUAAAAACAAAAUUAAUGGCAAGUUUAGAUAGUGAAGCUCUGUAGGAAGACGAGUAAACAGAAAGUCGACACUGGCCGAGGACAAUCAUGUUGCUGCUUCGGCUAUCUUCGUGGCUGCUGCUGCUCGUCUGUCUGGAUCCGUUCAGACAUGAAGUCCCAGGGGCUUUGGCCAGCUCGGUACCCAGCGAUGCCAAAACUUUAGUGUGGGGACCCGGACUGGAGACAGACAUCGUCCUACCUGCUCGGUUUUUCUACAUACAGGCGGUGGAUGAGUCGGGGAGAAACUUAACAUCAUCACCCGGUGAGAAAACCUUUGAAGUGAAGAUUGUGUCUCCAUCGGAGCAGUUCACCAGGAUCUGGAUCCAGGUUCUGGACCGUCUUGAUGGGUCCUUCUUGGUUCGCUACAGAAUGUAUGCCACCUACACGGACCUUCACAUCCAAAUUCUGCUCAAUAACAAACACGUUGCCAAGUCACCGUACAUCUUGAAAGGCCCAGUAUACCAUGAGGGCUGUGACUGUCCCCAGCACAGCAGCUCCCUAUGGGAGGCCCACAUGCACUGUCCUCAGUCCUUUCCUCAGAUUGACAGGGAUCUGUCUUUUUACACCAGUGUUGACCCAGAUCGCAACGCUGAGGAGAUCCCACAGCGGUUUGGACAGCGACAAAGCCUCUGUCACUACACUAUCAAAGACAACAAGGUCUACGUUAAAACAUUUGGUGAGCACGUAGGUUUCAGGAUCUUUAUGGAUGCCAUCCUCCUGUCACUCAGCAGAAAGGUGCAGCUCCCUGAUAUGGAGUUUUUUGUUAACCUGGGUGACUGGCCAUUGGAGAAGAGGAAACCCACACAGAUGAUUCAUCCUAUCUUCUCUUGGUGUGGCUCUAACAAUACCAGAGAUAUUGUCAUGCCCACUUAUGACCUGACAGAGUCUGUCCUUGAGACCAUGGGAAGAGUAAGCCUCGAUAUGAUGUCAGUCCAGGCCAAUUCAGGCCCACCAUGGCCAGAGAAGAAUGCUACAGCCUUCUGGAGAGGGCGGGAUAGUCGACAGGAGCGCCUGGAGCUGGUCAAGCUUUCCAGGGCUCACCCCAACAUGAUUGAUGCUGCUUUUACCAACUUCUUUUUUUUCAAACAUGACGAGAGCCUCUACGGGCCGCUGGUCAAACAUGUGUCUUUCUUUGACUUCUUCAAGUACAAGUACCAAAUAAACAUCGAUGGCACUGUGGCAGCGUAUCGUUUGCCGUACCUUCUGGCAGGAGACAGCGUCGUGUUAAAGCAGGAUUCUGGUUACUACGAGCAUUUCUACAACGAGCUCCAGCCGUGGGAGCACUACAUCCCCAUCAAGGCGGACCUCGGAGACCUGCUGGAAAAAAUCCAGUGGGCUCGUGACCAUGAUGAAGAGGCAAAGAAAAUUGCACUGGCGGGUCAGCAGUUUGCCCGUAAUCACCUUAUGGGAGACAAGAUAUUUUGUUAUUACUACAAACUUUUCCAGGAAUACGCCAAACUCCAGGUGACAGAGCCAAAGAUUCGUGAGGGCAUGGAGCUCGUAGAACAGCCAGCUGACGACCUGUUUCCAUGUUUCUGCCACAGGACGCAGGCAAAGGAUGAACUUUGAUUCAACUGUCAUCCAGUUUCAGAGCAAUCCUCCAUAUCUGAUAUAUUGCCAAAUAAUAAAGUGUGAAUAAGUUGUAUGAAUGUUUUGACAGGGAUCUAAAUUUUACAUGUUCUCUCAUUUUUAAAAUAAAUACUUUUUUUCUAUGUUUGAA